AUGUUUGCACCUCGCAAUACAACUUAUGGUUCAAUUGAAAAGAUCAAAGACAAUACCCAUCCAAAUAAACAGACGACAAGAAAACCAAUGCGAGAUAAAACACAUAUUGAACACUUAACGCUAUCAGGAACCGCAAAUCCCACACCUAACAAUAACAGUAGUAAACUAUUGUUGAAUAAAAAUCGAUUAAAAAUACCAAAACUCAAAAUUCCUCCAAGGCCACCUGUCGUAUUUCGAUCAGUUAGUAGGGAAAAUGUAUCCAUUUCCCAGAUUUUGGAUUUUCUCUAUCUCGGGAACUCCAGAGAUGCGAGAAAUUUCGAGAGCCUAAAAGAAUUGGGAAUAACCCAUAUAAUAAAUGCCACACGUGACUUACCUAACUACGUUGAAGGUAAUGGCGAUAUCAAGUAUCUUCGAGUUGCAGUGGAAGACAGUGGAACAGCUGAUUUGACGCCUUAUUUCACACCAACCAUUGAAUUUAUUGAUGUAACAGUUCGGGCAAAAGGGCGUGUUUUAGUGCACUGCCAAGAGGGCGUUUCGAGAUCGGCCAGUCUGGUGAUUGCGUAUAUAAUGGCUCAUUCAAAUCUUUCCCUAAUGCGCGCCUUUACUGUGGUCAGCCACGCCCGGCCAAUAAUUUGUCCAAAUAUCAAUUUCCUUGGCCAAUUGGAUCAAUUUUACCAAUCCUUACAGCACAGUAACAACGCGUAUGUUCAGUCUUACCCAUACAUACAUCAAAGCGUUGAGCAAAUGAUUGCCAAACGCUAUCAAGACUAUCAAGCGGAGGCUUCAAGAGUAGCAUAA